AUGGAGUCGUCAGCGCAGAUGGCUUACCCUCCUUUAGAGGAUGUGGGCGCACUGGCACUACCUGGCGGAGAUGGAACGGAUGUAGACAUGGACGCAUCCGAUGCAGCUGUCUCUGAUGCCGAUUCAGAUUAUCUCGAACUCCAGGCAGACAUGGCAAAGCUUGACGCCAGCAGAGAGGCCUUCCUCUCGCAGCAGCUGGGUGAGGAGUAUGGCUCACGGCCAGAGUCUCGCGGGCCACCAGUGGCCACCUCGACUCCUGGCUCUCGGGGACGCGGCGGCACAGCCAGAGGCCGAAAGCGCGGCCCUCGCAAGGCAGCGGAGCCGACCCCAGAGAUUAAGUUUCGACUGGCCCAGGCCUACAAUGCCUUCAUUGGGACCCAUUACGACGAGGCGAUGGAUAUUGUCAAGGAAAUCAUUCGUGUCAAUGCCGAGACCUUCGGCGCCUGGUCGCUCCUGGUCUCACUUUUCGAGGAGAGCGGACAGAUGACAGAGGCGCUCAACGCCAAGGUGUUCGCGGCGCAUCUGCGGCCAAAGGAUGUCAACUCAUGGAUCGAGUGCGCGACCAUGGCACUGGGGAUGAGCGCUGACCCCACGACUCUCGAGACUGAAGAGCAGGUCGAGGCAGAGAGACUGGAUCGGCUCGAUAAGCUGCAGAUCGCUGCUAUGUGCUACUCGGCUGCGCUGCGGGCGGAUCCAAAGCAUAUCGCUGCAAGAAUUGGCAAGGCAGACGUCGAGCUCGAGCUCGAGCGCUUUACACAAGCCGCGGACGAUUACCUGCGAUACCUCAGACGGCGACCCUACGACAUUGAGGCAGUCAGGCACUUGGCGGAGGCGUCAUACGAUUCAACACGGCAGGCAGAGAUUGCCGAAAAGGCCACCGAGGCAUACAAUACCAUCAUCACCCACCUUAGGAAUGGAGGGGUGCUUGACAAUGGCUUCACUCUAGAAUGGAUGGACGUUAUCAUCUUCAUCGAAUUGUUUGCUUCGAUUGGCCAGUACGGCAAGGCUGCCGGAGCGGUCGGGUUCUUGUCACGAUGGCUCCUUGGCCGCCCGGACGAGCUGUUUUGGGAGCUAUACGACGACGACAGGGAAUGGGACCGCUACGACAACCGCAGGAGAUUGGCUAAGGAAUAUGAUCCUGAUCGUUACCCGCCCGAGACUUACGGUGUGGGUUUACCCCCCGAUAUCCGUGCAAAAUUGGCGAUUUACCGCAUGAAGCUUGGACAGGAGGAAGAGGCCAUGGAUCAUCUCUCAUGGCUAGAGCCCGAUGAUCCACAGACCAUCCAGAUCCUCUCCGAGGCACCUCAAAUCGCCCAGGAUAUCGCUGUCCAGCUGACGGAGAGCCAACGCUAUGAGCUGGCACUCAAGUAUUAUGAGGUAUACCAUUACGUGCGCAAAAAGACCAUGGACGAUGUGGACGCCGACGCUCUGGUCCAACAAGGGAGAUGUUACCUCGAAAUGCACGACAACACAUCUGCCGAAGAUUGUUUCCUGGCAGCGAUUGAGGCAGAUGAGACCAACAUCGAUGCGCGCUACGAGUUGGCGAGAGCCUAUGAGCGGGCGCAGGAGAGAGAAGAGGCGUUCAUCCUGGUCAACGAAGCCUUGAGCCUUGAGGCAAGGGCCCACGGCCCGCGCCCGGAUGGUAGAGCUUAUGACAACGUGCGGUUUGUAGUGGAUGGGCGUGGGAAAUUGAUACGGAAGCCCAAGACUUACAAGAAGAGGGCGCAAUCCGACAAGCCGGCCGCGGCCCGAAGACCGAGAGUCCCUAGAAUCAGGGCAAGGCGCCUUGCGGGAGACAACAAGCGUGCAGAGUUUGAGCGCCAGGUGAGCACGCGCCUCAAGGAGAAGUACGAGCUGUGCCAGAGCCUGAAGACCAGGGCGGCCGAGGGCGAUCAGGAGGCCAUGCAGGAAUGGAUGGAAGCCGCUCGGGAGCUCACAGACGACUUCCGGUCCUUCAGAGCCUUCUACCCAUGGGAAAAGUACCUCAAGUUUCUCGGCUACGGCAACUUUUUCAACGAGGGAGACGCGCACGCUGGCAACAGCCGGCUCACAGCCAUGGCCGAGCGACUGCAGCAGAAGCUUGCGCCCGUCGACGAAGACGGCGACCAGCAGGCCCAGCCCAUCCUGCAGCGGCACGAGCAUCGCGGCAUCCCAUUCGACGACUGGCUCGACCUCUUCCUCGAGUACGCCAUCAGCCUGGCGCAUGCCCGACGCCCGCAGGAGGCAUACCUGGUAUGCCAGUCGGCCCGUGAUUCGAUAGUCUACCAGGCGCGAGAGAACAUGUUCCUCAUCCACCUCACCUGGGCGACCUGCGCUAUCCACGCGGGCGACGAGGAGACGUGCGUGGCCGUCGCGCGCUACUUUAUGCGCGACAACCAGAUGAACACGGAUGCCUACAGGCUCUACUCGGCUAUCUGCCGGGCGUGCCAGGCGCCUUCAUCCUGGUACAGCUCCGGGCCGGCGCAGAAGUACAUGCUCAGGCAGAUCAAGCAGAUGGACGACACGCUCAUGCACCCGGACGAGGCGGGCAAGUACAAGGUCCCCGGCGGAGGUGCGACGGCGCCCAGGGCGACGGGCGUCGACGUGGCGCUGCUCAUGGUCUACGGCCACAUCCUGUUCAUGUCCACCAGUUACAACUACGCACUGAGUUACUUUCGGCGCGCAGCAUCCGUGGACCCGACCAAUCCCCUCGUCAACCUCAGCACGGGGCUGUCGUACAUACACUGGGCCUUCAAGCGGCAGGCCGAGAACCGACAGUACAUGCUGAUGCAAGGACUCGCGUUCCUGUUCAAGUACUACGAGCUGCGACUGCAGUCACCCGUGUCGGAGGAGCGGCAGGAGGCACACUUCAACGUGGCGCGGACGUACCACCUCAUGGGCGUGCACCACCUGGCCGUCGAGUACUACGGACGGGUGCUCGAGGAGGCGGAGCGGCACCCUCACUCCCUCCAACCCCCCAACCACAGCGAUCGCCGCCGCGACAGCCUUAAGCAGGAAGAAGAUGGCGGCGAUGGCGUCGUCGCGAAGACGAAGCGGGUGGGUGUUCGGGACGAUCUGGUGCUGGAGACGGCGGUGAAUCUCCGGACGUACUUCCUGCUGACGGGCGACGUCGAGGCCGCGAGGGAUGUCACUGACAAAUACCUCGUGCUCGAGUGA